UGGUUAUUAAGGGAGCCGAUUAAAAAGUUGGGGUUCUUUCAUCACUUCAUUCCAAACCCUAGCGAACUAUCCAUCGCUCCCGCUCCCAAAGUUCACAUUGGCGCCCGACGCAGCUGAGUUCGUAACAACGUUGUUAAUGACUUCAUUCCCAACCCCAGUGAACUAUCAACCGCUCCCAAAGUUCACAUUGGCGCCCGGGGCAGGCUCAGUUUGUCACCGCGUUACCACCGUUGCGUAGGGCUCGGGAAGCUCGGCAUUUGGCCAUUCUCGCUCUCAUGCUUCUUAGAAAGGGCUAAUUGGCAACCAUGAUCUUUGGAUUGGAAAUUUUGGCGAAGUCACAGUGCAUAGCCAUUACAAGACUCUCGUAAACAGAAUGUGCUUUAAAAACUUGUGAUCAUAGGGAAGAAUUUAGAUGUACAGAUAUGCAAGGUACACAUGGAUGAUUCAUUAGACAUCACUCCUUCACAAGCUGAGUCAAAUUCUCAGUCUACAAAAAAAAGGGUUAGAGGUCCCACAUGCUUGAAGAAGUUAAGACUCAAACGUGUUAGAGAUCAGAAGAUAUCAGUUGAGUUUGAUCAAUCGACUGGCAAUGCUAAAGGGCCAAACAGGAGAGAGUUCAACAAUUAUGUGGCUUUCCUUGCUCGAAGCAAGGUUAGUAUUCUACAUGAGGAUUGGGAUCAUGUAGAGGAGAGCGAGAAGAAUAUGAUUUGGCAAACUAUCAUGCACAAUUAUGACGUUCCAAAUUCCAAGUUCCUCAAGAAGAAACUAAUUUCAUAUGCUGGUCAACGUUGGAGGGGAUUUAAGACACAGCUCUCUAGCUUUUACAUAUAUGGGAAGUACAAAGACAAAUCUCCUUGUGAUAAGUAUACAUUCCUCAAGAAGGAUACGUGGCAAAGAUUUGUUGAGAGUCGAUUGGACCCCGCCUUUCAGGAGAAAAGGAAAAAGGCACAAGAGGUCCAAGCAAAUAAUCUCUACCCUCACACAUUGUCUUGUGGGGGCUAUCAGAAGCUUGAGGAGAACAUGAUGCAAGAAAAGGCAAAAAAAGUUCAAGAAGCAUCCCAGUUAGAUCAUUCGUUAGUUAUUGUUGAACCUCCAUCUCCACUCAAACGCCAUGAAAAAUGGAAGAGAGCCCGACAAAAGAAAUCGGGAGAUUAUAUUAAUGAAGAAUCACGCAUUAUUGCUGAAAAGAUUGAUUCUCUCGUUGAACAGAGCACGCAAGGAUCUUUUCUUCCACUUGGACGUGAAGAUAUUUUGACUGUUGCCAUUGGACAACCAGAGCAUCCUGGUCGUGUACGUGGUGCUGGUCGAGGUGUGGGCAUUAGGCAAUACUUCGGACCACCUUCCCGCAAUCCUCUUAGCAUGGAAGAUUUGGAGGUCAUUACACAGAAGAUACAAGAGCAGGUUACUAAGCAGCUUAGUGAGCAGUUAGAGCACAAGCUCAAAGCAGAUCUUUCACAACAGUUCCAACAACAAGUGAGACAAGAGUUGGCAUCUCUAGGUCUUCUUCAACAAAAUACAAAUAUCGAGCCAGCUCCUCAUUCUCCUAUACAUGUGAGCACAAAGGGAAAUGAUGCUACUCCUGAUCCAUUGGUGGAGGACAAUCACACUAAUAUCCGUGAUCAGUGUGAGUUGUAUGUUGAUGUUGAUCCUCCACGUUUAGUGGCAAUUGGCAAAGUGUACAAUUUGGGGUCAACCAUACACCACAAGACAAUAGAGGAUGACAAUGUGAGGGUGGUGGUUGAAGAGGUUCGAGAUGCAGAGGCUCGAGUUCCUCUACCCACUGAUGAGGUUCAUACAGUGGGACAAGCCCCCAAUCAAUUCAUUCAGUGGCCAAGAAGACUUGUGAAGUCUAUGUCAGCCAAGGCUGUUGUCGAAUCUAGCAAAGAUGCUCCACACAAAAGGUUGGAACCUCAACUUGAUCCGCUCGAACGCUUGUUGAUAAUAGUAAGCAAAAUUAGGAAGGAUCAUGUACAACUACCUUGGGAUCCGGAUGUACUAAGCAAGCCCUCUACCAUGCCAUUUUAUAUCUAUCGGAGGGAUAUUUUCAGAUUAUGUAUGGGUAGCGAGAUGCCAAACAUCUCAAUUAUGCAAUUGUGGUUGAUGUAUCUGCAUAACUUAUGUACUGAUAAGGGGAAUGCACAUAUCUAUGGAUUCAUGGACCCGCAAUCCAUUCAAAGUGUUGGGAAUAAUGCAACAGAAGUUCAGGGCUACUUGCAGAGUAGGUUACAUGAAAGCAAAAAACAAUGUUACCUAGCACCUUACUUGCAUUCGGACCACUGGCAAUUGCUUAUUAUUUGUCCUAAGCAAAAUGUUGUGGUGUUAUUGUGUUCAUUGCACAAGAAGACGAUCAACAGAGAAAUGAAAACUACAGUUGAUUUAGCUAUGGACGAAUAUCAAAGGUUGGUGGGUUCACAGUCAAGAUCUAGAAGGAAGAAGCCUACAUGGAUUUUGCCCCGUUGUCAAACACAAACUGAGGGUUAUGAGUGUGGGUAUUAUGUCAUGAAGCAAAUGCUCACUGUUGUCACAGUAGAUAUUGUUGAUUCAUGGAAGAAGAUCUUCAACAGUUCGGGUCCAUUCCCUGAGGAGGAUAUUGCAGACAUUCAACAACGUUGGGCAGCAUUUUUACUUCAAAUUAGUAAUUUGUAAAGUUGUUUGUUUAGAAUGUUUACUUUAGAUUCAAAUAGAACAUUUGUCUUUAUACUAAGUUAAGAAAAUAUAUUAGGUUAUGAUCAACCUGUUUAUGCUGUGUCUGUGGUUGUUGUGUGUGUCUAUUUUUCAAAUUACAGGGAGGGAAAAAGAUAAAAUUUAUCAUAUAUUUUUAAAACAUGACUUUUUUA